UCACCUCCGUUCCUCCAGCUCCGGCUCCUCGCUUCUGGUGGUCCCCGUGCGCCAUGCGCCCCCAGGCCUUGGCCCGCACCUCAGCACAGCGGCUCCUGAGCCUCCUGCUGCUCCUGCUGCUGCAGCUGUGGGCCCCGUCGAGCGCCUCCGAGACCUCCAAGGUGAAGCAAAAGGCGCUGCUCCGGCAGAGGGAGGUGGUGGAUCUGUAUAAUGGGAUGUGCUUACAAGGGCCUGCAGGGGUGCCUGGUCGAGAUGGGAGCCCUGGGGCCAACGGCAUUCCUGGCACCCCUGGGAUCCCAGGUCGGGACGGAUUCAAAGGAGAAAAGGGGGAAUGCCUGAGGGAAACCUUCGAGGAGUCCUGGACACCUAACUACAAGCAGUGCUCCUGGAACUCACUGAAUUAUGGCAUCGAUCUUGGGAAAAUUGCGGAGUGCACCUUCACGAAGAUGCGCUCGAACAGUGCCCUGCGCGUUCUGUUCAGCGGCUCCUUGCGGUUGAAGUGCAGGAGCGCGUGCUGUCAGCGCUGGUAUUUCACGUUCAACGGAGCUGAAUGUUCAGGGCCUCUUCCCAUUGAAGCCAUAAUUUACCUGGACCAAGGAAGCCCUGAACUGAAUUCAACAAUUAACAUCCAUCGCACUUCUUCUGUGGAAGGACUGUGUGAAGGAGUCGGGGCCGGGCUGGUGGACAUCGCCAUCUGGGUGGGCACCUGUUCAGAUUACCCCAAAGGAGACGCCUCCACGGGAUGGAAUUCCGUGUCUCGCAUCAUCAUUGAAGAACUGCCAAAAUGAAUUCUUUAAUGUUUACUCCCUACCUCUUCUCGAUUAUACCUUUGAAUGGUUCAUUUUAGUGACAUUUUAUAUAAUUUUUAGGUACAUAUCAGAAUGAAAAACAAAGUGUUUACAGACCCAAGUGUGAUUUCGCACAGUUUUUAAGUCCAGUAUUGUUCAUUUCCCUUUGAUCAAAGGUGGUUUCAGGAUUUCGUAGUGGAAUAGAAUGCUUUCUUCCUGUUCCCAUUCCCUGAAUCUAUAAUUUAGAAUGUCGUGGUAGU